AUGCCGGGUCCUGAGGCGCUCCUUGCGCUCUUGAUCUCGCCCGUUCUGCUGACCGUGGCCCUUGUUCUCUCGGGCCCCUGGAAGCUCUUCGAUUCCCAGCCGCCUCUGGAUUUGAUGAGGGAGCUGGAGCAGCGGCAGCAAGACCUGAAUUGCCUGGCAGCCUCUGCCCAAGCGCGCGGUUCUCCGUCCGCCGCAAGGCGCGCAGAGGUCGCAGAGCCUUUGGGUUGCGCGCAACUGAGCGGCCUGAGCGGUGUGGGCGUGGUAGGCGCUGGCAUCACGAAGUUGGUGCUGAGAGCAGUUCUGUCGCCCAGUGGCGAGGAAAUCGCCCUGAAAUCCGUGCACUGGGCAGGCAGCGACGUGAGUCGCUGUGUUCAACGCUACGGCCACGCGGAAGGUUGUUUCCAGCUCGCUGCUUACAAGCUGUUGAAGGAGACGAUCCUGCUGCAGACUCUGGAUCACGAAGGGAUCAUCAAGCUGCAUGGCCAAUGCUAUAAUAAUAGCCUAUAUCCAGAAAUGAAAGUGGUUUCCAUGUUGGAGCUUGGAAGCCCUUUGGAGAUGAUUCAGCUUCUGCAGCUCCCUUGGGAAGAGCGAUUUAAAAUUUGUCUGGAUCUGGUAGAACUGCUCAAUUACUUGGCAAAUUCUCCUCUAGGUUCCAUUGCUCUUCUAGAUUUCCAACUAAGACAAUUUGUUAUGGUGAAUGGGCUCCUGAAAGUUACAGACCUGGAUGAUGUGAGCACUGAGGAGCUGUCUUGCAAAACAGAUCAAGAUUGCAUUCUCAAAUUCCCCACAAAAACCUUCUUUCUCAAAUGUGCCAGCCAUGGGAACUGUAAAGAAAUAAAUGAGAAACGGAAUCUUUUCAAUGCAUACAGGUAUUUCUUCACUUAUCUCUUACCUUAUACUGCACCCAUUGCUUUGCAACCAAUUUUGAAGGACAUCUUGAAUGCCACCGGUGAUUUACGAUAUGGAGUGAAUGAAACUUUACGAGCUUUCCAAAAAGUUUUGCAUUUGUACAAGUCAGGACUUUAUCUGCAGAAGAAGCCUUCUCACUUAAAAGAAUAUUUUGUUGCAAAGGGAUUCCACAGUAUGGAUACAGAGGACUAUAAAUGUUGGCCUUCGUAUAGCCCUUUGAGAUGCAUGUUGUCUGUUCAUAACGUAGAGGAAGCUGCCUCCAUUUGCAGUUACCAUCCACAGUGCCAACAUUUUAUCAUCACUUCACAGAGAACAUGGACAGACACAAUUUCCCUUAAUAUAGACAUUAUACAUUGUUUUAUAACUAAGAAAUGUGCUAUUGAGAAGAAACCCGAUUAA